CCACCUAACUGUUAUGUUUGGACGCCGCUCGUACACAGUGAGCAUGUGGACAUGCUGUGGUGUUGCUGUGUUACUACCAAUAGGCGGGACUGUGGCUCUGCAGUGUGAUUGUGAGCUGCACAGCUGGAUCAGAAGGCAGGCACGCGCACCAGCUGCGACCAGAAGACUGAGCUCCGCUGCUCUACUCCAACACACACCACAUCCAUAACUUGCUUUCGAGUGCACCAGGAGAGGACUUGUGCGCGUUGUGGAGUUAAUGUACCGUAAAAAUACCCGCAUAGCCAACUCAGAGGAGAGCCGGAAUUAACUCUAUAAAACAAUCCGUGCGUAACUCCUAAUGAGUUGUUUCGAUCACUGCUGCCUCUUGCCGCAAGACGUUUCCACUUUCUAGCCAAAGGCGCUGUGAGUUCAGUGGUGCUGGUGAUGCUACGCUUUUCAUCUCAGAGCUCACUCCACAGCUGCUGUCACUGAAGCCUCUCCAGCUAGAACAUGGGACCCUUCAAACUCUAAAGAUGAGCUGAUUGAAAACAUGGAUAAGAAGACAACCUGGGACCGUUUCUACGCUGAGAGCAGCAGCAGGACACCCACCUUCAAGAAUUUUGAGUGGUUCUUUGGCUUUGAGGCUGUCCAGGACUUCAUUAUGCCACUCUUGCAGACUAAGUCUCAUUCAGAUGGCUGCCUCAAAGUCGUGGAUAUUGGAUGUGGAACUUCUGCUUUGGGGCCCUGUAUUUACAGACACUGUCUUCUCCCUGUCUGGGUGACCUGUGCUGACAUUUCACCCAUAGCUGUGCGACUAAUGCAGGAACAUGUCCGAGUCAAAGCCAUACAACCUCACAAUCUUUCUUCUCAGCUUGAGUUUGUAGAGCUGGACUGCAUGCGGCUUCACAAGUACUAUGGUUCUAACAGUGUGGACCUGAUAGUUGAUAAGGGCACCACAGACGCCUUAUUGAGGUCUAAGGAAGGGAAAGGGAAGGCCGGCCUGGUGCUGAACCAGUGUUUGAAGGUGUUGCGAAGCUCGGGAACUCUGCUCCAGUUCUCUGAUGAGGACCCUGAUGCCAGGCUGCUGUGGCUGGAGACUGAAGCACAGGAGCCCGGGGUGAUGGAAGCAGAUGUAGGCGUGCAGGAGGUCGGAGAGCUGAGGGGAGUGUGUUACUACUGCUACCAAGUGACUCCUCGUCUUGUUGUACAACAGUAAUGUUCUACCUCUGAGUGGUCAUAAUAUUAAAUCAGUAGACUCCUGAACACCAUUUCUUGCUGUCAUUACUUGU